AUGGAUGAUUGUGUACAGCGUCCUCUGCUGCUUGGUAAGCCUAAGACGCGAGGUUCGGUCCCAUGUGGUGUACUGCAGAGCGUCUCCUUGCGUUGCUCUACAUGCGCACUUCUGUUUUUCCUUGUUCACCUUCAAAAUUUUCAGGUGACAAAUUUUCGACGUCAGCGAGCGAUCCGGAGGUGUCUAUUUAUGGCCACCGUACAAAUGAUUCUCAAUGCUCCAUACUACACGUUGCAGCUCAUCGACGAAGUCUAUUCAUUGCAGUGA